GAGGGGUGGGAAACAGCCUGGGUGCUAUAGACACGGCACAACAAGAUGGCGGCCCCCAGGGGAGGCGGGAACGGGAAACCGGAAGCGGUAGCGGGCUGUGGCGGCCAUGGCGGACGAGGAGGAGGACGCGCCGUUCGAGGAGGACUCCGAGGAAGCCGGCGGCGGUUUGGACGGCGGGCAGGGCAAGAGGAAGAGGCUUUUCUCUAAAGAACUAAGAUGCAUGAUGUACGGAUUUGGAGAUGACCAGAACCCUUACACGGAAUCUGUGGAUAUUCUUGAGGACCUGGUGAUAGAAUUUAUCACUGAAAUGACACACAAAGCCAUGUCAAUUGGACGGCAGGGCCGUGUACAGGUUGAGGACAUUGUCUUCCUAAUCCGCAAGGACCCCCGGAAGUUUGCCAGAGUUAAAGACCUUCUGACUAUGAAUGAAGAACUGAAACGUGCCAGAAAGGCCUUUGAUGAAGCAAACUAUGGAUCUUGAUUCUGUGUACAGGCUUGACUGGAGCGUGCUGUGGGCUCCUGUUGCUCAAGAGGAAGAAAUGUCAUGUGUGUUGCUUUGAGGGGUUAUUUGAGCUGGAGAUCAUUGCUGCUAUCUGCUCUGCCUCUCAGCCUCUUGUGGUAGGCAUUCAAACAGCUAGAUGUUAACUGAUUACACAUGGCGCUCCUAACGUGUUUUUAUACCAUUAUGGGAAUUUGAGAAAUGAGCUCUAAAGAUAUUUUAAAGGUGAGAAGUCUGCAGUAGGACAGCUGAAUUGGGAAUCUACAAGGCCCAUGACAAGCUCUUCUCUACUUUGGUUAUGUCGAGGUAUUUUGUUGACAGGAAACCUGGAAAAUAGAUGUUGGUUAACUGGACAAAGUUGUCAAGCCCAAACUAUUACAAAUUCUGCUCUGUACAUAAACUUGAAUAAAGCAACUCGAGUCUGUGCCCA